UAAACCAUGCCGUCAAACACGAGGAAGGACGUGAAGUUCUCAAAUAAGAACGAAAUUAAAAGCAUUAAGUCUAAAACAAAAGAGUUUUUAUGUGACAGGAAGAAUGCUAACUGUCUAGUGGACAUCAUAUCAUUGUCUGAGUCUGAAGAAGAAGAGGUGAUUUUGGCCUGUAUAAGGGCAUUUUAUAACAUAUUUUCCAACUUAAUUACUCAUGGUUCUAUGUAUUUAGAAAGAAUACCUACCACAAAAGAUGAUGUUGAAGAUCUUAGCUCAGAAGAGCAGUACAGAUGUUGGCUAAGAGAGCGCUACUCUGAUGUGAGCCAAAGGAUGCUAGAGCUAAUAACUCACCAACUCAGCACAGUACAGGAGUUGGCUUUAUGCACAUUGAUGAAGUUUGUGGCAGCAGAAGGACAAAAUCCACUCAGAAAAUUAUCAGAAAAACAUCUGGCAUUUCCAGCUGUACUAUUUGAGAAACUGCUACUGACACUCUUAUCUGAAGAAAUAGAACUAAGACCUCUCAUUGUGCGUUUUCAAGAAUUCCUGGAAUAUGAUGACGUUAGAUAUUAUGCAAUGAAGAUAGCCCACAAAGUGCUGAAAGAAAAACCCAACCAUGAGCAGUUAGAUAUUUAUCAUGGAAAUGUAUAUGCACUUUUGGAGCAGUUGUCACUACCAGCUACAGAUGAAGAAAAGUUAAUUAAUUUUAUGACUAAAAUGCCAGAUACAAAUGCUAGUUUAAAAAUCAAUACACUGAGAGACCAGAAAAAACUUUUUACCAGUUUAUGGCUUGAAUUUUUGAGAAAAAGGUUGCCAACCAGUCUUUACAAAAAGGUGCUUGUUAUACUCCAUGACAAAGUGAUGCCUUAUAUGACCAGCCCUCUUCUUCUGAGUGACUUUCUUACAGAGUCUUAUAAUAUUGGUGGUGCUGUCAGUCUUUUAGCACUCAAUGGAUUAUUUAUGCUUAUCCACACGUACAAUUUAGACUACCCAGACUUCUACAAGAAGCUGUAUGCACUGUUUGAGCCCAAUGUCUUCCAUGUGAAAUACAGGGCAAGAUUCUUUCACCUGGCUGAUCUUUUUCUCACGUCUACGCAUCUUCCAGCCUAUCUAGUUGCAGCUUUUGCCAAGAGAUUGUCUCGUCUUGCCCUCACAGUGCCCCCUUGUGGCUUGUUAAUCAUUCUUCCAUUCAUCUACAACCUCCUCAUACGCCACCCAAGCUGCAGAGUUCUCAUACACAGACCUGACACCACAAAAGGUGAAUUUACUUUACUUGAAAAUACAUUACAGAAUCAUUAUCACCAUGAGGUAGCAAUGUGGGCAAGAAAAAUUGAGCAGCCAUUUCCUAAACUGGAAUUUCCACUGGCUGAUGUCCUUGAUCUAACAACUGAUCAGAUGAUAGAAAAAGAAAUGAAGAAAAAGAUUAAGGAAGUACCUGUAACAUUUGAGGCUCCUUAUGGUUUGCUGGGGAACAAAGAACACAGACUCCAAGACUAUUGGGCUUUGGAAUAAUGGCUCAGAGUAACUUAUUUAUCUACUUAUUUAUUUAUUUUGGUUGGGGACAGACAUCUUUACCAAAUGCUUGUAUACUGGAACACAUUGACAGAUGAAGAACAUGUUUUUAUCAUUUUCAGAUUUAUUGAUGCACAUUCAUGGAUUACUCCAUCUAGUGUAUACAGACAUAUUUCUCAUUCAUCAAAACAUAAGCCAUCACAUUUCAAAUUCACUAAAGCAUAUGUGAGGAGUGAUUUUAUUCAUUGAUAUUGGCAAUAUUAUAUGACAGACAUACCCUGUAUAUUAUUAUUAUUAUUAACUAAGUACAUAGGAUGUAUGCUAAAUAAAUAAAAUUCUAUGAUAUUAUUUCAGUUGUUUCAUGGUUUCAUAAAUAAUAACUUAAACUGAGGUUAAAUAUUUUCAUUAGAUUCUACAGUAUGGAAUAAAAAUACUUGAACAGCUCCUCUUUAACAGCAUGAAUAUAAAAUGAAGGGAAAGAUGUUGCUCUUGAACUACAAACACAGGUAACAUGUCUAGCAGAAUGCUGACAAAGCAAUUGCACCCAAUGACUCUUGCAGUACACACGUUAUAUAAAUCAACUACUCCAGACGUUGAACUGAUACGAAUUAGUUCCAAGAACAGCAGCAGCUACCAAGAACCAGUCUGAGGCACUAGGUUUGCCUAGAUAACCCACUUUCUACUAGCAACCUGAAAUCUGAACGAACAUUUGAAUCUCCUUACUUCAUUCACAAUUGCAGUCACCCAUCAACUUCUCCUAACACAAUUAGACACUAAAAUAAUAUUACACAUAUGUGCUCAGCAAGCAGUCUCAUUUAACGAACCAUGACUUGUAACAUGAUAUCUUAUUGUAUAGCUUAAAGCACUAUAUACAAGUAGCACCAAAUGACAAUAUCACAGUUUAGUCAGCUGAAGCUAAGUGAUACAAAUCCUGUAUGUCAAUUGUUGCCUAUCCUGGAGCAAGUCCACUGUGUUGAUAAUUUUUUUCAGGAUGUACUUGCGUCACAUUUAAAGUAGUGCUAAAUGUACAUUGUAAUACUGAUACUUAUUGGGAGAUUACACAAGUUAUUUGAUUUUUUUCCAUAAUAUUUCCUAAGAUUAUAUGUUCUGUGGUGUUUCUGGCAGUGCAGCAUUAUACUGCAAAAAAAAAAAAAAAAAAA